AGGAAUCAGCAUGGAGGACUUCAUUUCUGGAGUCAAAAAUAAACUGAAGAACAAUAAUGCUGCUGCAGCUGCUGCACAAAUCAAACAAUAUUUAAAAGAACCCAGGAAGAUUCCACUAUAUAUCGCCAUCACAGGAGAAUCUAGUUCUGGUAAAUCCACCUUUAUUAAUGCCUUCAGAGGCAUCGGUGAUGAAGAUGACGGAGCCGCUCCUACUGAUGUUGCAGAAUCCUCAAAGGAUCCUAUACCAUACUUCCAUCCAGACUAUCCCAAUGUUUCCUUAUGGGAUCUUCCUGGAAUUGGCACCCCGAAGUAUCCAGCUGACAAAUACCUGAGGUCUGUUCCAUUUAAGAAGUAUGACUUCUACAUCAUCGUCUCAGCUGAUCAUCUCACAGAAAACGAUGUGAAACUCGCUAAGGAGAUUCAGAGGAUGAUGAAAAAGUUCUACUUUGUUCAUUCAAAGACAGACAAUGACAUAAAUGUUGGGAAAAGAAAGAAAGACUUCACUGCAGAGGGGACUCUGUCAAAAAUCAGAAAAAACUGUGUUGAAGGUCUUCAGAAACAAGGCAUCGAGUGUCCACAGGUCUUCCUGGUGUCCAGCUUUGAGCCUGGCCUGUACGACUUCCCUCUGUUACGUAAGACCCUAGAGAAAGAACUUGAUGUGCAGAGAGAUGCUCUGCUGCUGGACAUGCCCAAAAUCAACCAGGAGAUCAUCAGGAAAAAGAAAGAAGCAUUUCAGUCCAAAAUAAAAUACUACUCUACUCUGUCUGCAGGUGUAGCAGGUGUUCCACUUCCUGGACUUUCUACUGCUGUUGAUAUAAGCAUGAUGGUUAUAGUUGUCAGAGAAUAUGUAGCUGAGUUUGGUCUUGAUAAGCCAUCUCUGGAGAAACUUGCUGCCACCACAGGUGUGUCAUACACUGAUCUGCAGUCUGUCAUUAAAUCAGAACUGGUUAAAGCUCAAGUAACUGCUGAUCUCAUCAUGAAAUUGUUGCUCUCACUUGCAAGCACAGCUGCAUUAAUGGCAGCAGAGGAAGCAACCAGAUGGGUUCCAGUAGUUGGACUUGUAGCAUCAAUGGGCCUCUCUUUCUCCACAACUUCCAAAGCUCUGAAUUAUUUCCUUAAUGAGAUUGCUGAAGAUGCCCAGAGAGUGCUUGAAAAGGCCCUGGGUGGAAUGACCAAUUAAUAGCAUUUAAGUUCAGCGUAAACCCAAGCCUUUUCUGUGUAUACUGUAUUAAAUUGGUUCCAAAUUAUUAAUGGAAAUCACAUUGUUCUUGAUAACGAACCCAGAGUUGUGCAGAGUCUAUGAUGUAAUAUGGUAAAUAGAAGGUGUGUAGAACUGUUCUGUGACGUCACUGCCCUCCAUUGGUCAGGAACUACAACACAAAGAAUACAGAUAUGAACCAUAAUGUUUGUUUUCUGCUUGUUAUUAAUAAACACAAAUGUGUGUA